AUGGAUGUUCUGAUGCCAUGCCUGUUCCUCAUUGUGUGUGUCCUCCAUCCAGUCACUGCUGCAGUGCUGGGAAAGGGUGCAGAGCACAGAAACCUGUUCUCUGAGAGGAGCUGCUGCAAGAGACAAGGACACUUCAUUUAUGUGGGACAAGACAUCUCUGGCAGUCCAGUUAGUGUGGACGUGGGAGUGUGCAGGUCCCACUGUGGAGGAGCGCAGCGGACUCCCAGUUCGCAUGGACCAGGAUUGCCUGGAUAUUCCAAACACUCAUCCAUGCUGGAUUUCCUCAGAAGUAAAAAGGUUCGCGAGCAUACUUCUCUUGAGACAGCGGGGUACGUUCCCUCAUGCGGCAAGAGCUCUACGUGUGAACCGGCUCGGGUACGGGUCGAGCGAGUGCUGCUGAUGGAGGGACUGCGAGAGGUGGAGGUUAUUGAUGAAUGUCACUGCGAGCCCAAACUAGAGCACUGUAUUCGCAUGCCCGCCCUUAAGACCUACUACUUUGAGACACCUUACGAGUCGGUCGUCGACGUGGGAAAGUGUUCCACUUCGAAGGAAUAUCCAGAGGGUUUCUCCUGUGUCCCCACCAAAUUUGACUCGGUCCUAGUUGAGACUCCAAACAGGAUUGACGUCAUCAAGACACUGGGGGCCUGUGAGCUGAGAGAAAGCUGCUAUAGGGUGCCUUACAUUGAAUAUUACUAUGAGGUCAUCUUCAGCUCUGAUGGUACAAAAGAAGAGAGGCUUAAGGAAAUUGACAUUGGCAGAUGUUUAGGAGGCUGCACCACAGGAAAUCGAUGCCUUCUCAGGAGCUCUACUAACUCAGAACAGUGUCUGAUGUGGGAGGAAGGCCCUACCAGAUCCUGUGUCCCUCAGGGGUACCAGAACCAUGUGUUCCGAAGCAGACAUGGACAGAUCCGCAACAUCCUUGCCAUCACUUCUUGCCACUGCCAGCAGUAGACA